UCAGAAAGUAAAAUGUGUGAUGAAGAGGAGGAGGAGGAGGAUCAGCUGAUGGAAAGAAAAGAGCAAAAACAAAAGUGCUGCUGGAAUUUUUCUCCACAGUUUUCCUUUUGCUUCAAAUUUCAGCCUCAAAAAGAAAAAAAAGACGGAGAGAAAAUGAGGAACAGACCACAGAGAGGAGGAGGAGGAGGAGGAGGAGGAGGGGAGCUGGUCUGGGAUCAGAUGUCUGGGUGAAGGAGGAGGAGGAGGAGUUGUGGUGUCGGUCUGCAACUCAGAUCAGAUUUUCACACAAAAGCCUGAAGCUGCCGAGAGAGACGACCGACCGACUGUCCGUCCGUCCGUCUGUGAGAGUGUUUGGACAAACUGAUGCUGGAGUGAAAGAAUAAAACUCCUCUGAGGGAGGAAACGUGAAGCAGCAGCCGGAGGAGGAAUGAGGGGAAAGUUGAAGGAAGAGUGAAGCAGCGUCUGUGUGGGAGCUGAGUCGGCACAUUCUGGAUUCUUCAGGAGGAAGAAACGUUUGAUUUAAUCAGAAAACACAUCAAGUUAUUCUUCACAGUUUGUUUGUGUCUGAUCUGAUCUCAGAGCAGUUUGAUCGACAGGAAGCUGCAGCUGAUCUGAGCAAAGAGUUUAUUGUUAAAUCUCUUCAACUGGAUUCUUCUGACUGAUCUGAUGGAGUGAGGGAUCCUCUGAGAGGACGAGGAGAUGGAGACGAGAGGAUUUCUAAGUUUUCUGAAAGAGUGAGAGGAAGAGGAGAAGAGGGGAGGAUGGGAGAAAGAGGGGGAGGAUGAAGGGGGGGAGACACUGACCUCCACAUGACCUCCAUCGGAGAGCAAACAGACGGAGUUCUGCUGAAACAGACUUUAUUUGAUGUGAUGAACUCUCUGAGGACUCGACUGUACAAACAGGAAGUGACUGAUUCAGACAGAGACCUUCAGAUUAAAUGUCUCAUUUCACAAAGUGUCAGUGAAACAUGAACUAAACACACAGACUGACCUCUGACCUGCGGACAGGACCCUCGUACCUGUGUGGGCGUCGGCAUGCAGCUGAACCGGCCUCGCAGCGCCCUGCUCGGGUUCAGCCUCCCUCCUCCUCCCCCGCCUCCUCCUCCGCCUCCUCCUCCCUCCUUCUCCAGUCAGUUCAGCACCAUGAGGUUUUCCUACCACCUGAACACCUCAACAGCACCUCCCCACAACAGCGCCACCCGCAGGACAGGUCCCUCCUCCUCCUCCAGUCCCAGUUUGCUGACUAAGAGUCUCUCUCUGGAGCCAUCCUGUUCUCCGUGCGGCCACCAGGGGGCACUGGACGCUGACGCUCCCCAGCAGCUGAGCUCCGACCCGGGGCCCAGCUCCUCGUCAUCAGGCCCCGCCUCUUUGGAGGGAGGGGCGGAGCUAACAGAGCGCCGUGGCUCUGCUAACGGGCUGCUGCUGGUCAAUGACACGGGGCCGCCGGAGCUGCCGGCUGCCACGGUAACACCACCGAGCAAGAGCAGAGCGCCGCUGCCUGGACCCAAACCUCAGGUCCCCCCAAAGCCCCCCCACCUCCAGCAGCAAGCAGGGGUGUCAAGGCCACGCCCCCGGGCUCCAGACAAGCCCCUCCCCCCUCCCCCGCCAUGCAGACCCCUCCCUGCAGACCCACGGGGGGGCCGGACUCCGCCUAGCCGUGGCGAUGGCACCGCAUCCCCCACCUGCGUCCUGUCACUCAUCGAGAAAUUUGAGCGCGAGCAGAUCAUCGUGGUUCCUGACAUCACCGGGGGGGCCCUGUGUCCACGCCUCCCUGAGCCCCCCUCCUCCCAGCCUUCAUCACCACCAUCAUCAUCAUCGCCCGCCCCUCCCCCACCUGAGGAGGAACUGCCCUCUGAGCUGAAAGAUCAUGAUGGCGUCACACUGGAGGGAGACAGCGACCGGCACAAUGACCAUGAUGAUGACAAUGAAGAUGAUGAUGAUGACGAUGACGACGAAGAUGAUGAUGAUGAUGACGAUGAUGACGAAGAGCUGGCAGUGGCGUGUGGUGAGGACUUCCAUCAGAAACGUCUCUCCAUGGAGUCAGGUUACAGUCCCUCAGAGAAACACCUGGAGGAUGACGUGGUUGCUGUGGAGAUGAGGGAGCAACAACAGCAGCAGCCGGCACAGCUCGACCAAUCAGAGCUCCCCUCUGAGCGUCUGUCCCUCCCCUCCUCGCAGACGGAAGGGAAGCUGGCCAAUCGGGACAGCGGCAUAGACAGCAUCAGUUCUCCGUCGCACAGCGAGGAGCUGUGCUUCGCUGGUGUGGAUGAUGGGGGCGUGGCUUACCCGUGCAGUCCCGCCCUCCUGCCUCGCCUCUCCAGCUCAUCCUCGUACGCCGGAGAAGGAGGGGAGGGGGAGGAGGGAGAGGCACAGGGUGGAGCCAGGAGGAGGAGGGAGUUCUCUGAGGAGGGAGACAGUGACUUAGAGGAGGAGGAGGCGGAGCUAACGCUGGUGCUGCCCCGACCCAAGACAGACAGACAGGACUCUGCUGAGCUGUCUGUCCAGCAGAGGGUCUUCAACAUCGCUAAUGAGCUGCUGCACACAGAGAUCGCCUACGUCUCUAAGCUCCACCUACUGGACCAGGUUUUCUGUGCCCGGCUCCUGGAGGAGGCUCGGUCUCGCUCCUCCUUCCCCUGUGACGUGGUUCAGGGAAUCUUCUCCAACAUCUGCUCCAUCUACUGUUUCCAUCAGCAGUUUCUGCUGCCGGCGCUGCAGAAACGAAUGGAGGAGUGGGACUUGAACCCACGGAUCGGGGACAUCCUUCAGAAGCUGGCUCCCUUCCUGAAGAUGUACGGCGAGUACGUGAAGAACUUUGACCGGGCCAUGGAGCUGGUGAACACCUGGAUGGAGCGAUCGGCUCAGUUCAAGGCCAUCAUCCAGGAGAUCCAGAGGGAGGAGCGCUGUGGGAACCUGACUCUGCAGCACCACAUGCUGGAGCCGGUUCAGAGGAUCCCUCGCUACGAGCUGCUGCUCAAAGAUUAUCUUCACCGACUGCCGGAGGACGCCCCAGACCACAGGGACGCCCAGAAGUCUCUGGAGCUGAUCGCCACGGCAGCAGAACACUCCAACGCUGCCAUCAGGAAGAUGGAGCGGAUGAGGAAGCUGCUGAAGGUGUACGAGUUGUUGGGAGGAGAGGAAGACAUCGUCAACCCAACGAACGAGCUGAUUAAAGAGGGACACAUCCUCAAACUGUCCAACAAGAACGGGACCACACAGGACCGAUACCUCAUACUGUUUAACGACAGGUUGCUGUACUGUGUCCCGAAGCUGCGUCUGAUUGGUCAGAAGUAUGGCGUCCGCGCUCGCAUUGACGUGGACGGGAUGGAGCUGAAGGAGACCAGCAGUGCUGCUGUUCCCAGGACGUUCCUGGUGUCUGGAAAACAGAGAUCGCUGGAGCUGCAGGCCAGGACGGAGGAGGAGAAGAAAGACUGGAUACAGGCCAUCCAGGCGACGAUCCAGAGACACGAGCAGACGGUGGACAGCUUCAGACAUCUCAACUGUUCACUACGAGACGACGAGUCCACGCCGCCUCACUCCCCGAGCUGUGUGGAGCUGGGAAAACGAGCUCCGACUCCAAUCAGAGAGAAGGAAGUCACUCUGUGUAUGAAGUGUCAGGAGCCGUUCAACUCCAUCACCAAGAGACGACACCACUGUAAAGCCUGCGGACACGUGGUUUGUGGGAAAUGUUCAGAGUUUCGUGCUCGCCUUUCGUACGACAACAACCGCACCAACCGAGUUUGUGUCGACUGCUACGCCAUGCUGGUGGGGGUGUGCCCCUCGCCCGCCACGCUGAGCAGCAGCACCCAGAGGAGGCGUUCCAUCCUGGAGAAACAGGCUUCCCUGGCAGCAGAGAACAGUGUGAUUUGUAGUUUUCUUCACCACAUGGAGAAAGGAAGUGGGCGGGGCUGGCAGAAGGCCUGGUUUGUCAUCCCUGAGAACGAGCCACUGGUGCUCUACAUCUACGGAGCUCCGCAGGACGUGAAGGCGCAGCGCAGUGUGCCUCUGAUUGGCUUCGAAGUCUCUCUUCCUGAGCCAUGUGACCGCCUGGAGCGCCGCCACGCCUUCAAGAUCUCCCAGAGUCACCUGACCCUGUACUUCAGCGCAGAGGGGGAGGAGCUGCAGCGGCGAUGGAUGGAUGUCCUGCUGAGAGCUGGGAGGGGGGAGGAGCCUCAGAUGCACCGGCCAAUUGUGGAGAGUCUGGAGGAGGAGGGGGAGGAGCUAUUGGCUGCAGAGGAGGGGGAGAACACGUGAUUCUGUGGGACGACGAAGGAUGGGGAUGAUAAAGAUCAAUCCUUAUUGGAAACCAUUAAAACCAGUACAUAUACAGCCGAUAUCUAACACACACACACACACACACACUGCAUGAUUCAUCUUUUUUUUUUUCCUACCUGCGCUGUGACGCAAUGAGGUGGUGGAGCUUCUUCUCCCACAGUAAAUCCUCACAGGAAACACUGUGUUUUUUCUCCCCUGAGUAUGGUCUUAAACACUACAGUACCCAUAAGCCUCAGCCACCGUUGCUACGGGGACACCACCACCCAGAGCUGUGACAUCAGAGUUGUAUCAUAUGAAGUGAAUGUGUGAGUUUAUCUGUCAGCAGUAAGAAGCUCUCUGAUUGGACGUUUCCUGGAACAUAAAGCACAUUUUCUCACCUACUGUCAGACGGUCUGUCGGCUGUCAGCGGUUACUGUGAGCUCCUGAUUUACCUUUAAAUACACAUUUAAACUGUCUGAGACCAGUGAGCGUCAGAACCUGCAGGAAGGUCACAAACACAACACAGCUACACAUUCAGUCCGAUAUCUUCAUUUAUCUCUGAAUCGAUAUCAACUCCACAAACGUGUUUUUUUCUUAUUUUACCUUUUUUAACAGCUGAGAUUAAAAUCUGUUUUUGUUGAGGGAGUCCUGGACAAGACGGACAGCAGCACAAACAAACGAUGAUGAGCAGACACAAAACAAAAGAUCAGAAAGUAUAAAACAUCCCAGUGAACAAAAUGCAGUACAGGCCGCACUUCCAAAGACUCCCAGAGAGCCUGUCUCCAGGUCCCUCAAAAAACAUCCACAGAAAUCAAAUCAUUAAGUUUUAAAACAUUCUGCAGAAUAUAUCUGGAACCCUUCUCCCAACAUCUGCUGCAGACAGCUAAUAUUCGUCCUGAGACUGAAGAGACGACGGUCCAGCAGCCUACAGUCAAAUAUGAAUACAGAGAUUAGAUAAAGAAACGUAUUGACCUCACAGUCUGAGAUCUGGACUCUGAGACUGAGACAUAAACGUGUAAAGACGUCAACAACAACCUUCAUUAACCCCAAUGAAAACAUGAACGAGGAUAAACACACAGAAACACGUGCUGCAGUCAAUCUGGAUCAGAAGCUUCACAUCCCAGCCAGUCGCCCGAAAUCGCCCCUUACACGAGAUUCAGCCCUGUUUUUAAAAGAUAAAGUUUAUUUUGAAACCUGUCAACAGGAAGUGGAGUUUAACUGUUGAACACGAAGAAUAAAAAGACCCAUGUGUCCCCUUCAAAUGCACUUGAAAGACAUUUUUAACCCCAAAUUUCCCCUGAAGAAGAAAAAAAACAACUGCUGCUUUGUGACCUCCGAACCUGCCAAUCAAAUCACCUGUCUGGAGGUAAACUACACUUCCCAGCAGCCUCUGCUCCGAGGCGUUCUACCUGAAGCCUCUCUGCCCUCUGCUGGUGAAGUCUGGUGCUGCAGGUUUUUAUAAAAUCACUGGGGCAGUUCAUCGCCGUCCUGCAGAAAUAUCAAGAAUCAUCGGUUUAUAUACUUAUUAUGAAUAUAUUUAUUUUAGAUCUCAGAGUUCAAACUGCGUCUUCAGUUCACAAAACGUAAAACAGGGAAACUGAAGUCCGCUGAUGUUUCAAGUUUACAACUUUAAGUCCAAAAAGAAACAAAAAAAGACUUUAAAAUAGAAAUGUUUGACUCUUAGUAGCCUCAGAUUGUGUCUCUACGACUGAUGAAUUAAUAAAGAUAAUUUAACAGUACUAUUACCCUUUGACAUAUGAGGUUUCUGCAGGAAUCUGAUGAUCUCUGCCCCAGAUGAUAAUGAUGAUGAUGAUGAUGAUGAUGAAGGCGAAGGUUUUUUGUUUUUUUUUGAGUUGGUUGUAAAAAGUUUGAGAAAGAGUUUUUUAAGAUGGACGGAGACAUGAAGAGGAUGCAGACUGGACUGUCCCCCUUCAUGUGAUCAGACGGACUCGAUGCUCUGUGUGUCCUGGAUGAAUCCAGCAAUUAAACGGAGCCGAUCUGAACUGAACCCAAAAGAAAAGACUUGAGUUGUUUUUAUGAUGUGGUCCAGUAUUUCUCUCUCUGUCUCUAUAAACACCUUUUGGACAAAGUGUUUUGAUAGUGAAAAUAUUAUUAUUAAUAUUAUUAUUAUUAUUGUUAUUCUGAUGAAUCUAUCUGAUGCUAUGAUGAACUGAUAUUUCCGUGUUUAUGAGUCUGGGUUGUGUUUGAUGUUUGCUUGAUGCAAGUUGAUGCAAGAAGAAAACAAAGAGUAAAAAUUUUGUAAAUAUAAUUUAUUCUCCUGUGACCUCCCCGGUCAUGUGACUGUGUAAAGGUUAAAGGUUAAUGCUCGCUGUCCCUCCACACUCUGCAGACCUCCACACAGCCAGAGCCAAUCAGACGGCUGACAGCGUGAAGCUCAAAGGGACAGUCUGACGUUUCAGUCGAUCCUCCUGUUCUUCAGUGUGCUAAGCUUGGCUAGAAGUUUCCCCCUACUUCCAGUCUUUGUGCUAAGCUAGGCUAGCAGGUCUCCCCUGCUUUGUGCUAAGCUAGCCUAUAAGUUCACGCUAAAUGAGUUUUGCAGUUUCUCCCUUCUUCCAGUCUUUUAUGCUAAGCUAGGCGUUACAUUUCCCCUUGCUUGCAGUCUCCUAGGAUAACAGUUUUCCCCUGCUUCCAGCCUUCAGGCUAAGCCAGGCUACUAGAAGAUUCCCCUUCUUCUAGUCUUUGUGCAAAGCUUGUUUAGUAGUGUCCCCCUUCUCCCUGCCUUUGUGCUAAGCUAGGCUAGCAGUUUCCCCCCUCUUCCAGUCCUUGUGCUAAGCUAGGUUAGCAGUUUCGCCCUGCUUCCACUCUUAAGGCUAAGCUAGGCUAGCAGUUUUCCCCUUCUUCCAGUCUUAGUGCUAAGCAAGGCUAGCAGUUUCCCUCAGCCUCCAGUCUUUAUGCUAAGCUAGGCUAGCAGUUUCCCUCAGCCUCCAGUCUUUAUGCUAAGCUAGGCUGGCCACAUCCUGGAUCCACGGAGAUGACACUGAAGUGAAACAUGUGACUCUUGAGUUAAAACAUGUUUUAAAAAUGUUGAACUAUUCCUUUAACUUCAGGCCUCUGUCACAUGGUGCUCAGUCUGUGUGUGGCUCUGGUUGUCACAGUGUGUGUUUGGCGUGUUCUUGGCGUGUAAAGCAGACUCCAGUGGUGUGUCGUCCUCUCCUCCCUCACUGGGAAUGGAAGGAAAUGGCCAGUAACUCAGCCUUAUCGUUCCCAUCAUCACCAGUUGUCUCGAUGUGGUGAAAAUGUUUUCAAUUUCAAUCUGAGUGACUCGUGUUGAGCAGGUGUCGAUUAUUUUGCUUCUUGUAUGAGAUUUAUUUUCUUUCUGUUUUCAGAGACUUUUGCAGACUGGUUCCAGUCCUGACUGGUUCUUACUGGUUCUAAGCGGUUCUGACCAGUGUGUGUUCAGUACAGUUGAACAGUGGUGUGUUGUAUCAGUCCAGUGUGCACUUUUCUCUCCGUGUGCCAACGCACGUAUUCACAACUAUCCAGUAUUCAGUAAACAGAGCCUGUGAAGUUGUUGGCUAUUAUAUCAGAUUAUGUGUUUAAAUAUUUCUUGUUGUUACUUUUGGGAUGGAUAUCAGUUUAUAUCACCAGUUACAGUCUCUUACACCAGUUUAUAGCCAGUUGCAGUCUCCUACAUCCGUCUGAGCUGUUUAUAACUAGAGAUGAGCAUCAUUAAAAUAUGAAGGCUACACAUGAGAUGUUUUUUUGUGUGUGUGAAAUGAACAGAUUUCUUUAAAUUAUUAUUCAAAAUAACGCCUACUUGAAAAUUUGUUCAGAUGUUUGCAGAGAAGAGAGCAAGCUAGCUUUAGCCAGGAGGCUAGCUCCCAAGAUGACUCACCACAACAGAGUGCAUGGAUGAUGUUUUUUUCUGUUUGGAGGCUGAGACGGAUGUUAGUGUCGCCCUGUUUCCCUCGUCAAAGAUCCAACGAGAUUUUUCCAUUGGGUUUUGGAUAAUUCCACAAAUGAGCUCUGUGGUAAACAAAAGUUUGUGAUACUUACAGGUUUUAUUCAUCAAGAUAAUCACAAAUAAACACCACCUUUAUGACUUUUGAAAGGUAAAUGCAAUUGCCAGAAGUUACAAGCUAACGUUAGGCUACAAACAAACUACGUCACAUGGCUUCAACGAGGCUGUAAGUCCGUUUUCGGUGUGAUGACAUUCUGUUGUCUCAUUAAGCCACCUGCUAGCUACCUUUUCUUUUAAGACAUGUAAAGACUUCAAAAUUCGCGAGUGACGUAUUUACUGCUGUAUUUUAUGUCAGAGAACAAAACAUGAAAGUCUCUUCAGCUUGUGUUAACCACAGGCCUUAUUUCAGACAUCUAACCAAAAACACAUUGACUUUGCAAAGAGGAAAUCAGGAGUGCUAACACGCUAACUCAUUUCCAGGUUUUGGGACUCAUUCCUGCACCAAUCUUCAUUCAGUUAACUGGGAAAUAUGUCACAGUGCAGAGGCUAAUGACGCUCUAACUUACGUUUCACUAAGACUAUAAAUAUAAUAAAUAUUAAAAUUUGUUACUGAAAACAAACAGAGGCAAUAUAAGUCUAUGUUAGAUUUGUUUACCAAGUUUGGACUGUCAUGAACAUGAUGUGAUGAGCGCUUUAUUGAGAAAACACUAAGACUCCCCACCCUCAGUUUCCCAACAAGCUAACGUUGACUACCCCAUUUGCUAAACAGUUACCUGUUAGCUUGUUAGCACUGAGCUUAACCACUGGAGUUUUAAUAUGAAGUCAAAGCUAGUGCUAGCUAAACACUCGCUAGCAGACAAGUUUGUCCAUGUUGUGCAUAAUGGCAGCGCUGUUGUGAAUGUUAGCCACCUUACAACUUUAGUUUUAGUUACGUUACACAGUAACUUAGAGUUGUGUUCAUAACAAAACCGUUUUAGAGUCAUGUCGCUUCUUUAUUACUUUGCAUCAGUGAAAACACUCAACCUGCUCGUCUCUAGUUAUAACGUCAGCAGAACCAGUUAAAUCACCAGUAGAAUCAAGUUUUAACUGGUUUAUUUACAGCCACUUUGAACCAGUUAGAGCCGGUACCAGUCAGCUGUAAGCCAGUACAGCCAGUCAGUAUCAAACUAACAGAAGAUGUAGUUACCACCACAGCUGGUUAGAGCCGGUUCUAACUGGGUCUAACCAGUCAGAGCUGGUUCUGUCACACUGGACUGUUGUUCUGGUCUCAUCAGUAUUUUGCCUUAUACACACGUUUUGAAUUUUAUUCAACUUUUGCCUGUGCCAAAUCAGACGACUCGGUGGCUGUCAGUGUUAGUCUGUGGGUUUGUAUUUAUUUGUCUUUUAUAUCCAAACUGUUUUUAUUAUGUUGUUUUUUCAACUUCCUGUUCUGAUCCUGAUCCUGGUCCUGAUCCUGGUCCUGAUCCUGGUCCUGAUCUGGAUCCUGAUACAAUCUCAGUGGUUUUUCGGGUGGGUUUUAUGUGUUAAAUCAGACAUGCAUCACCUGAUUGCUCCUCAUCACAAGGUCACAGUGUUAUGGACUGUUAUUGGCUGCUGUUACCAUGGAGACCAUCAGGAUUUUCACCUCCGUUUAUACUCGCAGUUUGCCGAGAUGAAGCUGAAACAUGAACCAAACCAAAUAAUGUUAGCGACAUGUUCUUUACUUAUCAGAGGAGGGGUGUGACUUUGGUUUGUUUGUUUGUUUUUUUGAUUUGUUGUUGUUUCUUGACCCUCCCUGAAGCGCCAGAUAUUUUUUAUAUUGAAAAUCCAACAAUAAUUUCUGUGUUACAGUUUCUGGCUGUGAUGAAUGGUAUAAUUUUGGUGGGUGGGUUUGGAAUAAUAAUAAUAAUAAUAGUAAUAAUAAUAAUAUAGUAUAGCUCCUUUCAAAACACAGUUACAAAGUGCUUUACAGAUCAGGUGAAAAUAACACAAUCAUCAAAAUCACUGAGAAAAACAUACAACCAAAAACCUGAUCUGCUUUACAGAGUGAGAUAAAACAGUCAGGAUAAAAGCAUAAGCCAGUCGAGAACGUGACAUGUUGUUUUUUUUUAAAAAAAAUCUGCAGUAAAAUGAAUAUAAAAUAUAACCAUUUCAGUCUGUAUGCCCCUCCCCUAAAAAUCCCUUCCCAGUGCUUAAAAAUGAUUUGACAUGCCUCCCCCUUUUUGCACCACCCCCUCAUAAAUAACGGACAGUCCCUAACUGGAAACGUCACCAGAAAUGGUUAAACUGAUUUAGAACCAGGAGCUCUCUCCAGGUGUAACAGCAGCACGGUUGUGUAUUGUUCUUCUUCUUCUUCCUGUUGUAGUUCUAGUAUCUUGUUAUUAUUGAUUAUUGAGUAUUGAUUGAUUGCAGGUUAUUGGUUAGUGGCCGGCCACUGCCUUCCAUCCUGUCUAUGUCUGUUUCCCAUCAUGCCCUUCUGUAAGAAAAUACAAUGAGAAAUGUUUAUGAGGUUAUAAAUGAAAUAAAAAUGUAAAA